UAUAUAUAGUAUAGAGCCAAACAUUUUUUCUUCCACAGUCUAAGGUUGCUAUACCACCCUCCAGAAAUUCAAACAUGGCAUCAACUUCCACUUCACAAAGCCCCUCCAAAAUUAAUCUCUAUUAUGAGAAUUGGGUUAUCCAACUCCAAAAUUUUCUUGAAAAAUUAAAUGCAAUUUCAGGGUCUGAUGAAGAAGAAAAUAGUGGUGAAUUGGUGAUACAAGUCUUGGAUCAUUACCAAGAUUACUAUAGAGAAUUAUUUAUGUCAACAAAUAGAGAUGUAUUUCUUCUAGUAUCACCACCAUGGUACACUUCUUUAGAAAAGACAUUUCUAUGGAUGGCUGGUUUUAAACCUUCUACACUCUUCCCAACUAUUAAUUACUCAAUAGGAACAGAAUUGACAAAAGAGCAAGGGGAAAAGUUGAAGAAGCUAAAAGCAGACACAAAAAGAGAUGAAAAGGUAAUUGAGAAAGGGCUAGCGAAGGUUCAAGAAAGAGUGGCGGCGCCGCCGAUAUUUGAGCUGAUGAAAAGAGGGGGAACGGUGAUCGACGGAGUGGCGUCGGAUUUGGAAAGUGUAAUUGAUGAGCUGAAACAGUCGAUGAUGUUAAUGAUUGAAACAGCAGAGCAUUUAAGAGGAUCGACGGUCAGGAAGAUUCUAGAUAUUCUCCGGCAUAAACAGGCAGUCAAAUUGUUGGCGGCGGUGGCUCAAUUUCAUCUUCAGGCCAGAAAGUUGGGCUUACAAAUGGAUAUUCAGAGCGCUAAAAGUAAAUGAAGAUUUUAUCCAUUAAACAAAAUAUAUGCCUUUUUUUUCUUUCUUUCUUUUUGACUGGGUUUAUUACUUAGUUCUAGAAUCUUAUGGGGAAAAUUAGUAUUGACUUGACACGUCUUUUAAAAU